AUGGUGUACGUGCCUGCAGAGAUCUCCGACAUGAUCAUCGACAACAUACAGGACGAACCUAAAGCACUUAGUACAUCUAGCCUCAUAUCCCGUUCAUGGCUUCCAAGGUCAAGAGCCCACAAGUUACGGUCCAUCGACAUCUCGACCAAGGACCGUUACACAGCGUUCGAGGAGAUCAUCAGUGCAUCUCCCGUCAUCUGUCACUACGUGCGCGACGUGACUAUCGACGGUGAUUCAUGCGCAGUAGGGCCGUUUGGUGUUCUGCUCCGCAUCCUGCUGCAGCUCCGUCGGGUGGAGAGCCUGACAUUGCAAGCGGGAUCAAUUAUUGGUUGA